AAAGCGGUGGUCUUGCGGUAGUGCCGCACCAUUCCCCUCCGUCUGUGAAGAGCGUUAGCUGACUUCAGCUCCGACUUGAGAAAUGGACUGCGCUUUUGAUAAUUUAGACGCUGCUGGAUUUAUGCAGAUCUGGCAACACUUUGACGCAGACGAUAAUGGCUACAUUGAAGGAAAGGAGUUGGACGACUUUUUUCGUCAUAUGAUGGCAAAAUUGGGUCCCGGGGAUAAGAUAACCGAGGAGAAGGUGCAGCAGCUGAAGACCAGAUUCAUGUCUGCCUAUGAUGUAACUACCGACGGACGCCUGCAGAUCCAGGAGCUGGCUAAUAUGAUCUUGCCGGAGGAUGAGAACUUCCUGUUGAUAUUCCACCGAGAGGCUCCUCUGGACAGCAGCGUGGAGUUCAUGAAGAUCUGGAGAAAGUAUGAUGCCGACAGCAGCGGGUACAUUUCGGCACUGGAACUGAAGAACUUCCUGCAGGAACUGUUUAAACAGCACAAAAAGAAUCUGCCCUCUAACAAGUUGGACGAGUACACCGAUGCUAUGAUGAACAUAUUUGACAAAAACAAAGAUGGCCGGUUGGAUCUCAAUGAUUUGGCCCGGAUCUUGGCAUUGCGGGAAAACUUCCUGUUACAGUUCAAGAUAGACGCGAACAGCCAAGCUGAGAGGAAGCGAGACUUCGAGAAGAUCUUCGCCCAUUAUGAUGUCAGUAAGACAGGUGCUCUCGAAGGUCCGGAGGUGGAUGGAUUUGUCAAAGACAUGAUGGAGCUGGUCAGGCCCAGCAUCAGCGGGCCUGAGCUGGAUCAGUUCCGGGUCGUGCUUCUGCGCCACUGUGACACUAAUAAAGACGGAAAGAUCCAGAAGAACGAGCUGGCCCUUUGCCUCGGGAUGAAACCCAAACCUUAGACAGCACACGUUGCUAUGGUGAAGCAGUGUGUAGUGAUGAUACAAAACUGCAGUGACACGUGAAUAUUCGGCAAUGUGAGAUGUAGGCUGAUUAUUAUGUAUUUGAAUAUCGUUAUAUUAAAAAUUAUAUAGUUGUGUUGUAGGUUAGGAUGUGGAUUGGCAUUGUUGUAAGGCCACCUUACAGGACACAUAUGAUAGGCUGAAAGGAUUUUCAGGACACAUGAGAUAGGCUGAAAGGAUUUAGACUGAAUACAUGGACUGGCUCAAUCAGUGUCCAGAUAAAAGACUAUAAUUAAUUCCCUAAAUGUAACAGAACUUAAUGAAUCCCCUGAAUGAAACCAAACAAUGAAUUUCCUGAAUGCAACUGUCCCUUAAUGAAUUUUCCAAACGUAUCUGGUUUAUUUAACUCGCACUUUUUCAAAGAUAAGACAUGAACGUGGCAUACCAUCCUGGUGUGGAUUUAUUAUGCUGAGAUGUGUGUGGAUUAAAGAAUUGACUUAAGGACAAUGUUUGGAGUCAGACUUUAAGCAGAAACAAGGACAACUGUUCAAAAGCUUCCCUCUAGGCUGAACCGCCUCCAUAUUCCCUCUGCGCUGGACGUACACCUAAUGAUGCAUUAUAUUUCUACUAGUGCCGGGAAACCAGUGCGUGAGGUGACCACUGACUGGCUAUGAGACAGAGAAUCUCUGCUUUCUGAUGGUGUGUGUAUGCGAGUGAAAGCAAUUUUGCGCCAGCUGUUAACCUGUUGAAAGGCGCAGGCUCUGCCCAGGGGCUGUUUACAGUGUCUCUUAGACGGUUAGUACUCAUAGAGGCCUAGUAUACCAGCUGCCCCAAGGUAAACAUAAACAAAGGUAGAUGGGGUGUGUGUAGAGAUGUAUAUACAUUCUGUAUAUUGCAAACUUAUAAUUAUUGAUGUGACUCGUGGAUCCAUAAUUGUGAAGCCAGAGACAAUUUCAACGUACUGGAAAUAGCUGCUUGAAGAUUUAAACUACGCUGUUGUGUUUUGAAAAUAUUACUGAAAGCCAUGAUUUCUUGCCCUAGAAUUUAAUUCUGUCAAUUGCACCGAACAAGCAAGAUGCAUCGACUCGAUAAUAGGUUCCAUUUCGGUAUUUUAAAAGAAGCAAGAAAAGAAUUUGAAGAAAAUAGAGGAAAAAAAAAAAAUUCAGUGAGUCAGCGGUCAUAGUUUCGCCGAGAGAGCACGUAUCCAUAGAAACCUGUCGGGAGAAAAGGAUGCAAGGACGCACGGUCUAAUUUAAACCCGGGUGAAUCUCUUUUAAAGGAAAAAGUAUCUUUAGCUCAAAAGAAAAGCAGAAAUUUUUCUCUACAACAGCUGUAGCUGUAAAGACGGCGCCUGGUUGAAUUUCUGAAUCAACAGGCUAGAUUGCAAUUCGCGUUCAGCCUAUCAUUGGGUCCGUAGAGUCGACUGGAAAGUUCUCGACCUUCUGUGCUGUCCUAUUUCAGACCAUGACGUGACAUACAGCCACAUAUUGUAUUGUAUAAUUAUUGUAUAAUUAUAAUGGACAAGAGAUAUGUUUGAUAGCGCGUUUGGGACCACGCACUGGUGUACCGCCCCAUUUCCUAUUACCGGACAUCGAUGCCUCAUGUGUUGAAUAUACGUAGAAGGUUUAAAUGUAUCUUAGAUUCACGAAUCUGUUCACUUAUAUUAAUUGGACUGAAUGGAGUGGCAAAAAACCGACUCCAGAUCCGCACAUAAAUAUUGCUGUACUUGUGUGUGUGUGUUUGUUAGCACUUCUAAUUAUUUAGCGCGCACCAGUCGGUGACAAGGUACUGGUUCCCGCAGAGAGAAACCGCUUGUCUGUCUCCCUGCAGAUUAUAUGAACUAUAAUCGGUCAUUCUCACAGACCAUCUAAUGUGCAAUCCAAGUGCGUUUUCUGCGCGGCAACCCAUACGUCAUUGUUUCAGUUCUGAUCCCGCAGGCGCCACGUGUCCGGGCGGCCCCGCGUCUAUAAACACGUGCGACGCCAGUGAAACAGCUCGUGCAUCGCGUUGCUCGGUCACUUCCUGUGCUAAAUGUCUGCCCGUGCCCAUUUUAAUGAUGGCUGAUGGCACAGUCCCAAAGGCAGCUUACUGCGAUGAUAAGCUGUUUGACUUUCAGCGCCUUUUCACAAUGAGCCUAAUAAAACGUAAUGCACUGCGAAACAUGCUCCGUUUAUUUAGAGAGGAGGUUUACAAUACUGUUACAAUUAAAAUUUUAAUUACUUUGCCAUUUCCUGCAAUGUUGCAUCACUGUACCCGCUGCCUUUCGUAUAAACAUAACAUUUGCGAUGAA